GAGAAAUGGGGGAGGGCGAACAUGGGAGGGAGGAAGGGCUGGAAGAAGGGGUCGAAGGUGUCUUGACCCGGGAGCCCUUUGAACAGGUGGUGGUAACGGAGGACGUUCUGGAGGAGAUCCUGGGGCCCGUGCGGUAUGAAAGCGAGGGUGCGACGCGUGUGUCGGUGCCAGGAGUGGUGACGGGCUUGGCCUGGAAGACGACGGGUGGAGAGCUUCUUUUUAUCGAAUGCUCCCUGGUGCAAGGCGGGAGGGGGACUCUGACCAUCACGGGCAAGCUCGGCGAGGUUAUGAAAGAGUCGGCGGCGAUCGCCCUGUCCUGGCUCAAGUCCAAGCUGCCCUCCCCCCCGCCCACCCCGCCCCCCUCCACCUCCUCUAGGACUCCCUCUCCGAGGAGCGAGAUCGAAUCCUGGGUCGGUCCAGACGGCCCUUCCGCCGGUGUGGCCAUGGCAGUGGCCUUGGCCUCCCUUGUCACCGGCCGCAAAGUGAAGCCUACGAUCGCGAUGACCGGUGAAAUGACUCUGCGCGGACUGGUGCUGCCCGUCGGCGGUAUCAAGGGGGAAGGCUGA